ACUUGAUGUUUACAGUUCAACCACACGCAGUGCGAGAACCACGAACAUCAGCGAACGCGUCUUAAGUGAGCGCUGCCUGCGAGUUAGUCGCACGCGGAGCUGUCGGUGGCAAUGGACGGCUUUCCCGUGGCAACGAUUUCGGCCGACAGCAGGAGGAACACAGAGCAAGGGUCGCCCGCACGUGCGGGUAAAGACAAGAGGAGCGGGCAGCCUCAGUACGUCGCUACCUUCGUAGUGAACUUGGCCACCUUCUCGUACGGAACUUGCAUCGGGUGGCUUUCGCCUGCCACACCAACUCUUCAGUCGAGGGUAACUGCGGUUGGAAGAAACGAUGUAACAGAAGACGACACCUCGUGGCUACGAUCACUCGUGUUUUUGGGAUUCCUAUGCGGGAUCCCGUUCUUCUGCUACGUCUCCGAUAAAUUUGGACGGAAAGUUGCCGGCUUGUCAACAGCCAUUCCCGCCAUCAUCAGCUGGCUCAUCAUCAUACUUGGUAGCAGCACGAAGCUUGUUCUCGUAGGAAGAUUCUUCGCUGGUUUAAGCGCUGGCGGAGUGCUGCUUAUAGUUCCCAUCUACGUUGCGGAAAUAUCUGAAGACAGCUUGAGAGGAGCUCUCGGGACGCAGGUGGCGAUCUUCGCAGACGCCGGAAUCCUCUUCUCCUACGUUGUCGGUCCUUACUCCUCGUACCACGACUUCGCGAUAAUAUGCCUCGCUGUACCUGUCACGUUCCUCGCCACUUUCCUGUGGAUGCCUGAAACACCUGUCUAUUUCAUGGUAAAAGGCGAGUUCAAGAAAGCUAGACGUUCUCUGAGAUGGUUUCGAGGAGGAAAGUCACACGACAUGACAGAUGAACUGACGAGGAUGUCGGUGUCACUUAAGGAGACACAAGGAAGAAACUCCUCCAGGAGUCUGAUAAUGAAUCUCUUACUAGAUCGAGCAGUGAGACGAGCCCUGAUUAUCGGCAUUGCUGUAUCCACGACACAGAUACUCUCUGGCCUCUACGUCAUUCUGAGCUACAACGCAGCAGAUGUUUCCGCGAUAUCACCUUUAAUAGUCAGCUUAAUUCUGUUGACUGCGGCCAUAUUAGCCUGUCUCUUGAUGGACCGUGCAGGAAGAAAGCUACUUCUCGUUUCCUCGGAAAUUGUGAUGGGAAUUUUCCUCACUUUCAUGGGCGUGUAUUUCUACUUAGAAGGCCAAGGUGUCGAUCUGAGCAACGUCUCCUUCAUCCCGGUCGUGUGCUUGGGGUUGCAUCUCUUCUCCUUCGGUGCAGGCGUUGGCCCAGUGAACGUGGUGCUGCUCUCAGAAAUAUUCCCACCACACGUUAGAAGCGUAUGUGCAAGUAUCUGUAUCUUCGUAAUGGCGCUCUUGGCAUGUGCUGUAUCCGCGUUCUACAGCGACCUUAAUAACGCGACAGGAAUCCACGGCCCGUUUUGGUUCAUUGCCGCCUGGUGCUUUCUUGGUGCAGUGUUUGCAAAACAUUGUAUUCCAGAAACUAAGAACAUAAAUGUCCACUCGAUUUACGCUGAGCUGAGAGGAAGAGAAUGUAGCUUAAUACGAGUCAAGAAAUCGUAUGAUAUGCGGCACACAUCAAACGAGUACAAAUUACAGAUCGCGUUGCCCAGUGAGAACUGAAAAAACCGGCGAACACGACGAAUUUCAGGGCUACACAAUGCUCAGACUGCCAACCCUGAGAAAGAGAAACUAUGCCCACACAUUUAACCCACGUGAUUUUCAAAAAUUAACCCUUACAAAACAUUCAAAGAUCAUUAAGAACUUUCUCAACUGCCAGCGAUGGACUUUCUUUCUAAACAAAGAAUUCUUUUGCGCGUUACUUUUUUUAAAUUAUUGUGUAUUUAUAAAGUGUCAUGUGGAUGUACAAAUUAACUUAUUUUAAAAGUCAACAAUCCUUGCCAGCUUUAAAUACGAUAAGAUUAACGUAAAAGGAAAAAUUUGGGGAGACGAAACAUUCUCUAAGCCAGUGUAAGAAUUCCCCGUCUUUCACGAAACCCGGAGUUUCAUUAUCGUAUUCACAGUAAUUUCGCCACUCGUUCUUAUCCUCAACCAGAUUAAUCCAGUCUACACCCCACUCUAUUCCGUUAAGAUACAUUCAGUAUUAUCCUUCCAUUUACUCCUACGUCUUCCGAGUGGUCUCUUUCCUUCAGGUUUUUCCAAAGAUGUCGGCAAUUUCCAUUAACCCAUCGCGUGUCACAUGUCAUGCUUGUGUUAUGAUCCUUUGAGUUUAUGAUCCAAACAAUAUCUAGUAAAGAGUACACGUUAUAAAGUUUCUUAUCACACAGUUUUA